AGGCGGAGCCGCGCAGGGAGGAUCCCGGGACGAGCCGCGGCGGAGCGGCCAUCGCUCGGCACCGCCCGCCGCGGGGACGCGGCUGCACCGGGCCGGGGGGCCCCCGCGCCGCCGUGUCGGGGUGACCCGGCCCGAGCCGCCCCGUUCAGCCGCGGGGAUGGCCGCCCGCAUCCUGCACCGCCUGCGGCACGCGCUGUCCCGGGAGGGCGGCCGGGAGGAGCGGGCGCACGGCGGCUCCGGGGCCGAGGACUGCCCGGAGAGCUCGGAGCUGGAGGACGACACCGAGGGGCUGUCGACGCGCCUCAGCGGCACCCUGAGCUUCACCAGCCACGAGGAGGAGGAGGAGGAGGAGGAGGAGGAGGAGGAGGAGGAGGAGGAGGGGGGUGCUGGAGAGGAGCUGGGGCAGCCACCGCAACCGGCCGGGGCGGCAGCGGGUGCAGAGGAUGGAGGCAGAGUGGGGUGCGGCGGCGGAGCGGCCCGGCGGCAGCCUGCUGACCCGGCAGCUGCAGGAGCUGUGGCGGAGGUCGCGGGGCAGCCUGGCACCGCAGCGGCUGCUCUUCGAGGUCACCAGCGCCAGCGUGGUCAGCGAGCGCUCCUCCAAGUACGUGAUGAGCCUCAGCUCUACACCAUCUACCUGAUCCGCUCCGGCCGGUUCGACAAGGCCCCCGCCGCCAUCGCCCGGCGCUACUCGGACUUCGAGCGGCUGAACCGCCGCCUGCGCCGCCGCUUCGGCUGCGACAUGGCCGGCGUCGCCUUCCCCAGGAAGAGGCUGCGCCGGAACUUCACCGCCGAGACCAUCGCCAAGCGGAGCCGAGCCUUCGAGCAGUUCCUGUCCCACCUGCACUCCAUCGCCGAGAUCCGCCGCUCCCCCGAGUUCCUCGAGUUCUUCUUCCUGCAGGACCUGCGUGCCGCGCAGCGCCUGACCUGCACCGGCAUGUACCGCGAGGCCCUGGCCACCUGGGCCAACGCCUACCGGCUGCAGGACCGGCUGGGGGCCUGCGGCUCCGGCCGCUUCCUCCUGACGCUGGCCGGGCUGGCCGUUUGCCACCAGGAGCUGGACGAGCUCGGCGAGGCCCACGGCUGCUGCGAGCAGGCGCUGCAGCUGCUGGAGGCGCAGGGCAGCCACCCGCUGCUGGGGCCCUUCCUGCAGGCCCACGUCCACCUGGCCUGGAAGGUGGGCAAGGACAAGCGGCGCUCGGAAGCCCGGCUGCAGGACCUGCGGGAGGCCGGGCCGCCGCUGCAGCCGCAGCCCACGCUCAAGGAGUGCCUCAUCAAGGAGCCUCUGGAGUGAGCGGCCCGGCGCCGGCAGCGGGGCGCGGGGGGCUCCAGCCCCAGGGCAGCGAGGGCGAUGCCUCGAAAAUGCACUUUCUCCGUGGUUAGCCUGUCCCGCGGGGCCGGGUGCUGCCACCCGCACUGCCGGGAGCCGGCUGCCCCUCCCAGGAGCGGCCAGGACAGCAGCCGGGACGUACUGGCACUGCGCAAGGGAGCGGGGAGGCUUCUGGGCAGGGUCCGGGGCUCUUGCCAGGAGCUUCCCAUAAAACUCAUACAAUAACAAGGACUUUAUUAAAUAAAGUCGUGGUAGGAAGAAGA